CACACACACACACCAAAGGAUGGCCCGUUUGUAUGGGAAAAAAGCGUGCAAGGCCACAUACUCAGUUCAUUUUUCUACGGGUACCUUGUGUCUCAAAUUCCUGGCGGGCUAAUGGCGGAACAGUUUGGCGGCAAAUGGGUGUUGGUGGGAUCGCUGGGCCUUUCCACUUUUGCCACGCUCCUGACCCCAGUGGCCGCGCACAUCCACAUCGGGCUGCUGAUUUUCGUUAGGGUGCUCUGCGGAAUUGGCUCGGGCACUCUGUAUCCAGCCAUGCACGCUAUGUGGGGCCAGUGGUCACCCCCAUUGGAAAGAUCAACCCUAUGCGGACUGACCUACGCCGGUGCCAUGAUGGGCAAUGUAAUAGCUCUACCUGUUUCCGGUUUGCUCUGCCAACAUGGGUUUUCCCAGGGCUGGGAUUCCAUAUUUUAUAUUAUUGGUAUGUCGUCUACAGUCUGCAUAAUUGUAUGGAGUCUGGUGACCAGCAACACGCCAGCCCAACACCCAAAAAUGUCGAGAGAGGAGAAGAAGUACAUCAUUGACUCCAUCAAGAUAGGGGGCGGCAGUACCGCUAAAACUGAUGUGAUCCCGUGGGCAAAAUUCUUCACGUCCGGCCCCGUCUGGGCCCUCAUCAUUGCAAACUUCAGCACAGAUUGGGGCCUAUACACCUACCUUACCAACAUACCUACGUUCUACAAGGAAGUCCUUUUCUUCGAUAUUAGCUCUAAUGGAUUUUUCUCGGCUCUACCAUUCCUGGGCUUGUGGGCGGUUAUGAACAUAGUGCCAGUGAUUGCUGAUAAGUUGCAGUCGUCGGGGGUGCUCAGCACGGUGGCCACGAGAAAAAUAUUCAAUACUAUUGGCCUGGUCGGGCCAGCCAUCCUCCUCAUCUGCCUCAGCUUCAUCGACUGCACGCAGACAGCGGUGGCUGUGGUACUUCUGGUCCUCGCUGUGUCCGUCAGUGGUUUCGUCUUCUCUGGUUAUCUGGUCAACCACAUGGAUAUAGCCCCUCAAUACGCAGGUACCCUUAUGGGACUCACCAAUGGGAUUUCAGCAUGUUCCGGAUUUUUGGCUCCCAAUGUUGCCGCUUAUGUCACGAAGGAUCAAUCCAGAGAAUCCUGGCAGAUCGUCUUCUCGAUAGCAGCGGUGGUGUACGUGGUGGGUGCAGUCCUCUACUGCGUCCUGGCGUCGGCGGAAAUCCAAUCAUGGGCACGGGACCAACUCGAUCCGGUUGAAGUGGAUUUGGAGGAGAAACAGAACGGAAAUGGGAUCUACAAGAUCGCUACUCCCAUCGAAAAUGGCGCGAUGACGCAACCCAUGCUCACCAAGUACGAACCCCUUAAGAAAGAUGCGGAUAAUGUCGUCAGUUAG